ACUCAGAGGAACGUAAUCACUGAAAACAUAUACCCCAAGGUUGUCAACAUGUUUGCUGUCAACCUCUUCCGAUCGAUACCCCCACCUGUCAACCCCACUGGUGAUGCUUUUGACCCUGAAGAAGAUGAGCCUGUCUUGGAACUCACCUGGCCUCAUCUUCAGAUUGUCUAUGAAUUUUUCCUCCAGUUUGUCAAGAGCCCAGAUUUCAACACCAAUCUCACUAAAUGAUACAUUGAUCAACCCUUUGUACUAAAUCUCCUCAAGCUCUUUGACUUUCUCAAGACUAUGCUACACUGCAUUUACGGUAAAUUCCUUAACCUUUGGGCCUUCAUCUGCCGGUUGAUAAACAAC